GCUAUAUUUAUCAAUUCCUGUGAUAAUAAUAGUCAGGCGCGGUUAACGCAGCUUCCAGACAAAUUAUAAAAUCUAAGUAAUCGUUCCACAGCUUUCGGUUAUCAAGUGUCGUAAAUUAAACACGUGUGAUUUACCUGCGAUUAUAAUUUAAACCUGCCAGUAGCGGUUCUGUCUACCCAAUUUGGAUAAGUGUUGGUUAACCAACGUGUGUAUAAACAUUACACUUUGACCCUUGUUAAAUAUAAUCACUACAAAUAAACAUAGGUAUUUAUAUGUAAUGUAACAAUUCGAACAAUAUGCAACUUUAUAUUAUUUUAAAUAAACAUAACAUUAGUUUGCGGUUAGAUAUCUCCGCAAGUAAUAAUUCCGUGUUAUUUAUAUUACAAUAAGACGACACAGUGAUUCAUAAAUCGAUAUGCGUAUACAAAAAUGUUUAUAAACUAGAUCGGUUAGCGUGUUGUGAAUUACUCAGUCUCCCCUUGACCUGCGGGUAACGACAUAAUAUAUUACUUCAGUGUUGAUACGGUUCAGUCGUGUGACCGUCGUUUGUCCAACAUGAAGCUGCUCUGGCUCGUGUUAUUUAUUUCAUUAUCACAGUUCCAACACGCCGAGUCCCGGUACACAUCCUGGUUUCCAAACGUAGUGGACACAGUUACGAACAAAACCGCGCAAAUCACAAAUUACGUGAGAGAAAAAGGGCGGAGUAUCAAAAAUUUUUACGUAGAAAAUGUGCGAAAUAAAAUAACAAACUAUUUAGGAUUUGAAAAAGACAAUUCGAAGGUGCCUGAUCAAACGAGAUUGAAGAGGAAAUUCAGUGGGUAUGUGAGCGACGCCCAGACUAAUGAUAACAGCAUAUUCGACUCGAUAGCGCCGGUGCAGAUGGAGCACAAGUGCUCGGACGAGGACCCGACCAUCCACAUGACCACGCCGCAGCUGCUGGCCUACCAUGGGUAUCCUGCAGAAGCCCACACAGUUGUUACCGACGACGGGUAUAUCCUCACCAUCCACAGAAUACCGUACUCCAAGAAUUCGCAUGACAAAGUCAGCCCUCGGAAGACGGUGUUGCUCCACCACGGGCUUCUGGGCAGUUCCGCGGACUGGAUCAUCGCCGGGCCUCAGAAAGGUCUAGGAUACAUCCUCUCAGACGUUGGAUACGAUGUGUGGUUCGCCAACGUGCGCGGCAAUACGUAUUCACGAGCGCACGUAUCUCGGAAUGUUGAUACGUUCGCGUUCUGGAACUUCACAUUCCACGACGUCAGCCAACACGACUUACCAGCGGUUAUUGACCACAUAAUGCAGAUAAAGGGCUGGGACGUAAAGAUAAACUACAUCGGUCAUUCAAUGGGGACCACUGUAUUGUUCGCUUUGUUGUCCACUAAGCCCCAAUAUAAUAAAAUAUUGAGAGCCGGCUUUGCUUUAGCUCCAGUGGCGUAUAUGACGGAUAUAAAAAGUCCGAUUAAACUUCUAGCGAAGUUUAGCAAUAACAUCGAAUAUUUAAUGAAACUGCUCGGUGCUAACGAGUUUUUGCCACAGAAUGCUGUCCUGCGGUGGUUAUCGAAACACGCGUGUGAGAUAAAUCAUUACGAGGAAGUGCUUUGCGAAAAUUCGAUGUUCGUGCUUUGCGGUCACGAUCCGAAACAGUUCAACAAGACACUCCUGCCAUUAAUCCUUGGACACGUGCCUGCUGGAGCAUCUACGAGGACGCUGGUGCAUUACGCCCAGGAAAUCCGCAAUGACGGCAAGUUCCAGCAAUUCGAUUAUGGCACCGAGGGGAAUUUACAACAAUAUGGGGAGCCUAUCCCACCCGAGUACCCGUUGCAUAAAAUAACUUUACCGAUCGCUUUGUUCAGUUCUGAUAACGACUGGCUGGCUAGUGAGAUUGACGUCAGCAAUCUGUAUGUUCAGCUUGUUAAUCCGAUAGAACAUUAUAUUGUGCCAUUGAAAACUUUCAACCACAUAGACUUUUUGUGGGCGGUGGACGCUCCGAGUCUCGUUUACAAAAAGUUACUGCAGUUGCUAGAAGAAGGUGUUAGUGAACCGUAUUAUUCAAUAACUAAUGUAAAUUCGAUAAAUUCGCUGUAAUUAAAUUAUUUUAAAUUUA